AUGGGUAGUUACACAAUGCACAUGAGGAAGCAUGCAGAUGAGAAGAGGUUUGGUUGUGCACAUUGUCCAGCUCGAUACCUUCAGCGCAUCAGUCUCCAGCUUCACCUCCAAAAACACACUGGCAUAAAACCGCACAAGUGCGAGACAUGCGGUCAAAGUUUUGGCCUCAAGGCUCACUUGAUUGCACAUCAGGCAACACAUACAGGCGAGAAGCCGUACGGCUGUCCUGAAUGUGAUGCCAAAUUUGCCCGAAAGGCUUAUGUGGAUUACCAUAUGCGCACCCAUACAGGAGAGAAGCCGUUUGCAUGCACCAUCUGCUCGGCCCGGUUUGCCAGUAAAAAAGGGUGGAAGAGUCAUAUGGCAUUCCAUGAAAGUGAAGGUGCCAUGGCCUCUGAAGGGGAUGAGGCUAAGUGGAUGGGUCACAUGAUGUCAAAUGAAAGUGAAGACUCCACGGCCUCAGAAGAAGAGGAGGCGGGAUUGAAGAGCGCCAUGACAUGGUUUAAAAGUGAAAGCUUCAUGGCGUCACAAGGAGAAGAGGCAAUCGACUAA